AUGGCAGACCAAGCAAAGCGGCGCAUUCAAGCUCUCGGUGACCAGUUGUCACCUGGUUCCUCCACCGAGCUCAAGCCUAUGACCAAGGUAGCCGCCGGCUCAAGCGCACCGCGUGUGAAAGACAAAGUGGUCAUCAUCACCGGUGCCAACUCGGAGCUCGGCAUCGGGCGCGCGACGGCACACCAGUACGCUGAAUCAGGCGCCAGGGCCCUGUACAUCUGCGACUUUGAUGGUUCCAACCUCGCCGCGCACAAGGCCGAGAUCAACGCCCUGUACCCCGCCGUCGACAUCCACACGCGCCAGUUUGACGCGUCAGACGAGGCCAAGGUGAAAGAGGUCAUUGACGAUGCGCUCGCACGGUACGGGCGGUUGGACGUCUUCUUUGCCAAUGCGGGCAUCGUCGGUCCGCAUGCCCUCUUCACCAACAUUGACGACGCGGAUUUCAUGCAGAUCAUGAAGGUGAACACCCUGAGUGUGUUUCUCGCCGUCAAGCAUGCGGCGCCCGCCAUGCAAAAGACCUCGGACGCGAAACCAGCUUCGUCCGGGUCCAUCAUCGGGACGGCGAGUGUGGCAGGCUUGCGCUCCAACGCUGGCUCGACGCCAUACUCGGCUUCCAAGGCGGCCGUCAUUUCCUUGGCGCAGACGACGGCGUAUCAGCUGGUGGGCACAAAUGUGCGCGUCAACGCCAUAUGUCCCGGCCUCAUCGAGACAGGCAUGACGGCGCCCACGUACGAGAGUGCCAGGGCUCGUGGUACGGAAAAGAAGAUUGGCCAGCUCAACCCGACGCGGAGGGGUGGCCACGCAGAUGAGAUUGCGCGCGUGGCGCUCUUCCUGGGGAGCGACGAGAGCAGCUACGUCAACGGACAGGCGUGGGCCGUGGAUGGUGGACUGAGUGCCGGCCACCCCUAUGUGCCCGGGAGGAUUGGCUAA